ACUCUGUCAGUUUGCUCAUUGAUUAAUAAAUCAGUUUUGAUGACCUGAAGGCUCACAAUGCUCACCAAUGUAAAGACGAGUGAAAAUACUCGUAACUUUUUUUCUGGACUCAAGAGCAAGAGAGAGGAAAAAGGAUGAUAUAUUUUAUGGGAAUGUGAUGAUAUAAAGCAGAGAAAAACAGUAAACUGGCUCAUUUAAGAAUCUUAACCCAGAUGAUUGUUUUUGUUUUGCUUUUAGAUGACAUAACUGAGUAUUAUAGUGUGUAAUAUAGUGUACAAUAAUACGAUCUACUUCAGUGAGUUAUUUAAUGGGUUAUCAUAGAUUUAUCUGAAAUCGCUAAUUUAUUUAGUGUUUUCUAAAUGUGUUUAUUAUGUAAAUAAAGAUUUCUCACCAAACUACAUAAAGAGCAGCUUUCCACAGGACAGAUUUAAGUCAUCUUAGAGUUCAAACAAAAUUAACUUAUUUUACACACUGGGAGCGCUGGGGUUUUGUUUUAUUUUUUUUUAAUUUGCCCCCCUCAUAAAGUGAACUGCUUUGGACCGUCUCGCUUUUCUCUCUGCUCCAAACUUUGAAACCAUGUGGAACCAAAAUGGUAAGUUUGCUGCCGGCGAUUCUCUUUUCACUUCCUGUCGGUAGGUACGCACACACGCGCGCCUUGCGUCAUUACGCACUUCCCCUCCUCUAUGAAGUUCCCCCUCUUCUCACCGUCGCGCCGUGACGGGGAUGUUUUGGUGAAAGAAAAUACAGCGUCAAAAGGGGACGUAAACACGUUUAAAACAUGACAUUAAGGCCCAGCGGGACCUAAAGUGGCGUCGUAGGGGAGCGAGAAGGCGUCUUCGGCGAAGCUUUGGGUCCGCCUUUAUGUAUUCCUCCGCAUGUCCGCUUUCUUCGUAGAUGGUGUCCGGCGAGCGUUGUCUGGCGGCGGACGACGAGUUCUUGACGAGUAACAUGAAGGAAAUGAUUGGAGGGUGCUGUGUGUGUUCAGACGAGCGAGGCUGGGCGGAAAACCCGCUGGUGUACUGCGACGGACACGGCUGCAACGUCGCCGUGCAUCAAGCCUGCUAUGGCAUUGUGCAGGUGCCCACUGGUCCUUGGUUUUGCAGAAAGUGUGAAUCUCAGGAGCGAGCAGCCCGCGUGAGGUGCGAGCUCUGUCCCCACAAAGAUGGAGCGCUCAAGAGGACGGACAACGGAGGCUGGGCCCAUGUGGUUUGUGCCCUUUACAUACCUGAGGUGGAGUUUGCUAAUGUGUCAACUAUGGAGCCCAUAGUACUCCAGUCUGUGCCACAUGAGCGCUACAAUAAGACAUGUUAUAUCUGUGAGGACCAGGGGAGAGAGAGUAAAGCAGCCACUGGAGCCUGUAUGACCUGCAACAAACAUGGCUGCAGACAGGCCUUCCAUGUCACAUGUGCCCAGUUUGCAGGAUUGUUAUGUGAGGAACAGGGAUCAGAUGCAGACAAUGUCAAAUACUGUGGAUAUUGCAAAUACCAUCACAGCAAAUUGCGAAGGAGCAGGGGCCGGGGUAGUAGGUCUCAAAGCUUAAGUGACUCUUCCACUCAGUGUAUGGAUAGACCCCCAGACACGGACAAGAAGAAACAUAAGGAGCGAGACCGGCACAAACCGAAACACAAGAAAACCUCCAUGGACAUGUCCCCCUCCCUCAUCCUUCCGAACAUCAUGGUCCCAGAGAAGACCUAUAACAGUGGCAAUUCAGGGGGAGGUGUCUCCUCUCUGCAAGCGUCUUCGCAGAAGCGAUUAGAUGACAGCGCAGCACGUUUUACCAACGCCAACUUUCAGGAAGUGUCGUCUGCUCACUCUGGCAGCAGUUCCAAGGACGCCUUGGCUGCAGACAGCGUCAAGGCUGCGACUGAGGUGAAGAACAAGAAGAACAGCGGUGGAGGUCACACGGUGGGACCGAGGGGCGGCCGCAAGUCUCUCACCUCCUCAGGGAAACCCCUCCCCUCUGCUGUGGUCACCAUGGCAACUUCCUCUACAUCUGCCUCAGCUUCAACUGGGCCUUUCCAUCAAGGCCUCCUGUUGACCAGUGCCAGCAAGACCCCCUCUGCCGCUUCCUCCUCAGACUUCCUAAGUUUCACAGAUUCAUCGUUGCGUCCCGGUGGUGGAAGUACCUUCUCCUCCCCACCGUCUUUCAGCAGCUGCCUUGUGAAGCCAGGCUCAGAGGGUGGAGCUUCAGAGGGAACUACAACUCUCUUUGGUUCUCUUAUGUCUGCAACCACAGCUUCAGCAGUGGGUGGAAAGCUGUAUGAGAAUUCCCACAGUCACACAGUGAGUGAGACAACAAGCCUCGUUGGGUCCACUGGCUACAAACGGCCUCAGCCCUCGAGCUCAGGACUGGGGAUCAGCGGAGCAGCCGCAGGAGGAGGGGAAGAUGGGGUAAAGAAGAAAAAGAAGGGCAACUGGCGAAACAGAUUUGGACCUUGCUUUACCACAGACGUGAAGCCUUCUGAGCCCGCACCCUCCCUAACUCUCCCCACCACCUCCACCGCCAACACCACCUCCUCCUCCACCGCCUCGCCUUCCUCCUCUUCGUCCUCAACGCUCUCAGGUCGCCCAUGCUUAGUUUCCAGCAGUGGAUUAGGGGUUGGGGUAGGAGGAGGAUCAGGAGGUGGAGAGAGGGGGCUGGGGGUCAUGGGCGUGAGCGGUGGGAUUCAAAAGUCGCCGUCACUCCUCAGGAAUGGGAGUCUGCAAAGCAACAGCAGCUCUACAACCACUGGGUCAGGUGUUUUCUCUGUUGCCGAUGGGUCCUCAUCGGGGACGGGAGCCGUCACCAUGGGCGGAGCCAACUCGGAGUUGUCACAGCAACAGCAGCCCACACCUUCUCUAGCCCCUCCCUCUCCAUUCACUGCCACAGCGCCGCUAAACAGCACGGCAUCAACACACGUGAGCGCUCUCCCAGGCUCUGUCUUCAACCUGGCCCCCCCCCACAUGUUUGGCAACAGGCUGAACCCCAACUCGACCAUGGCGGCGCUCAUCGCACAGUCCGAAGCCUCACCGGCAGAUCAGGAGGCGGGAGACGGCAGCAACAGCGGCGGCGGUUGUGUCGGAGCUCAGGGCUUCUCCAUAAGAGCUUCUCCCAAGACCACCCCGCGCUCUCCGAUUGGUGGCCUGCAGAUCCGCUAUGACUCUUCUGGGUCGUUGCCGGGGCCGGGGCAGGGGUUGCUAGGGGCGGGAGGAGGUGGGGAGACGUUGCCCCCAGUGGCCACCAGCAUUGAGCAGCUCCUGGAGAGGCAGUGGAACGAAGGGCAGAGCUUCCUGCUGCAGCAGGGAGCACAAGGAGACGUGGUGAGCAUGUUGAAGUCUCUGCACCAGCUCCAGGAGGAGAACAGGAGGCUGGAGGAGCAGAUAAAAACUCUGACCAUGAAGAAAGAGAGACUGCAGCUUCUCAGCGCACAGCUAUCAGUGCCUUUCACACCUGCCACGGCCUCCUCGGAUGUGAAGGGAGCCCAGCCGGGAGCAGCUGACUCAUCUUUACCUGUGGCGACUCAGGAUAGUGCAUCUUGUGGUGGUCACAGCAGUAGUGGCUCCACCUCCUCCCUCUCCACACCUCCCUCGGUGUCCCAGAGUCCACCUCAGCCACAGCUCAAUGGGGUCGCCUCCGUAGGGGUGACCCCGGCUGGGUUGGGCGGCGUGGCGGGGCUAAUGGGGGCUCUGGGCGCAGGGAGUGCGCUGGGCAUGGGUGGAAUCGUCGGGGCUCUGAACGGCGUGAUCCAGACGCCGGCCGGCACCUCCAGCCCUCACACACACACUACAGGAGCAGCUACAGGCGUCACUUUGCCCGUCAAUAACAACAGCUCAGCAACUAGUAAGACCAGCGCGACGCGAAUUGGCCUGCUGUCUGAGCAGCAGAGAUUGCUCCUGCAGCAGCAUCAGCUCCACCAGCUGCUGUCCUCACAGCCUUCAGUGGAGCAGCAGCAGGUGUUGCUCUACCAACUGAUGCAGCAGCAGGACCUCCAGCAGCUGCAGUCCCUCUCCUCCUCUGCCCAGAUUCCCUCCAUUCCACUCUCUUCCGCUCAGCUGCCCAUCAACAACUUGCUGCCCGGCGCCCAGAGCCAGGGCCAAGGCACCAUCACCGCCAACCCCUUCCUGGCGCUGCAGCACGCACACGCCGACACGCAUGGCUCAGGGGCGCAGAAGCCCCGGCUAGCCGAAAAAGCCGUUGGCGUCGGAGGGCAAGAGAAGACGUGACGGCAUAUGUUCUUUUUGUUUCCUUUUUUUCUUUUUAUUGUUUUGUUUUUUUGUUUUACAUAUAUAUAAAUAUAAAUAUAUAUAUAUACAUGCGCAGAGUUUUUUGGGAUCAGUCUGUUGGUCAACUUUGUAGGUUAGUGAUGAGAACAUCUGCAGGAGAGCAAAAUGUGUUCAUGUUAGAUAUUUGUUUCCAGCAGUGUGUUAAAGCAUAACACACACACUCUCUCUGUGUGGAGUUAUACAGAAGACUGUCUGUAGUUUAGGUUCUGAUCUCGACACCACGUUUUGUGUCAUUUUGUAUUAUUUAUUUGAUUUAACGACUUUUUAGCUGCUUUGAGUCCUUAUUUUGAUUGCUUUGUCUACUUAAAGAUUUUUUUAGUUAUUUAAUACUGCUGGUAGUAACUGAACGUGUGUUACUGUCAGUACGUAGCACCAGCGGACAUGGUGUGUUUAGUCUCUUCUCUCAACAGUUCAGUUGACUGACAGGUUCCCAGAAACUCUUUUUAUUUCUUCGGUGUUUCCUACUCCAAAUCUUGUUCCAGGUUUUGUUUUGGGGUUUUUUUUUUUCCUCUCUCAUAUUUUUUUUUUUUUAAAUUAAUGUUUUUGUAAUGGUCUGGUCUCUCUGCUGUUUCACUCUCUCAGGGGCUUCAGCCAAACCAGCAGUUGUGCUGCAGCGCACAAGCUGGCACACACACAGAACUACAAACAUUUGAAAAAAAAAGAAAAGAAAAUGGCAGCAAUAUUAUGAUUAGGACAACAGUACAAUUCCCUGUUAUAGGACUUACCAGUCAUAGAUGUGUGAUUGACAUCUGUCUCGCAGCAGUCCUGGAGGGACUAUUAAAUGAGGAAAUGUCCCACACGUCCUCAGUGCUGCCUUCUCUCCCCGUGUCUCCUUCCCGCAGUUUGCGUACAUCCAUUAAUGUCCGUGAGCCAAGCCUCGUAUGGUCACCACAGAAGCCUUGCUUUUGACUGUCUCUUCUCUGGGCCAGAUACAGGAGGAUCAUUCGGGGAAAAGAAAUGUAAAAGAGGAGAAAAAAAGAUUAUUCAAAAAAGUACGUUGAAUGUUCACAAAGAUGCUUAAAUCCACGUCACACAUCCACUUUCAGAGAUAAACCACGCAGUUGGUUAUCAGCAAGUGGAAGUGAUUGCAUUUCAUCUUCCCGAUUGAGCCUCCUGCUGCACCUACCUCUCGAGCAGGACCAGCCUAUCAGGACCUAAAAGGCCGACAGCAGCGGCCACUUAUAAACCCACAACAGUCAGGACUGGCCAAUCAGGGUCCAAACCCAAGUGCCUGAGGCCAAAAGAGGAAAGUGGGAUUUUGUUUUUUUUUUAAAAAGCAAACAAAUAUAUAUAUAUAUUAAAAAACACUUGGUCACUCUACCCAAUUUUUCACAGUGCUACUGGUAAUGAAGCUGCGUUGCUAAGGCAACAGAUUACAAAAACUCUUGGUCCUUCAGGCUGGACGUCUCUUUAACAAAACUAGGAACUUUUAUUCUGCUGCAUUCUCUAAUAUCAAAGCCAACUUUGUGUUGUGCUUUCUAUUUAUCUGGAGGUUUUGUGUAAUGGGCAUAAGAUGAUAUAUUUUAAAAGCCCGCUUGUUUUUGCAAUUUAGCAUCAUUUUGUACUACUGUGUAAAGUUUUUUUUUUUUCCUUUUGUUCCUCUGUUCAGUCUAAUCUUGCUGUAAACCCUUUUAAUGAUUUCUAUUUUUGUCAUGUGUUUAAAGCUAGGAGCUACUUAUUAGCUGGCUGAUUUGGGAGGGGUUGUGGUUGUAUAUAGGUGUUUGUAGGGGAGGAGGAAGUGUGUCAGGGGGGGCACUUGGUGGCACAGUUUUUACCUCGUUAAGUGUACAUAAAUCUUUCUCAUUGGCCGUUGGUUGUACAUAAGUGAUUAUGAUUGGUCGUGCUGGUGUGAAGGAAAGCCAAUGAAGCCUCAGUUCAUGUGUGUGAAUCUUUAGGACCAGACAAUAAGGUUGACAGUGACUGGACACAAAAGUAUUAAUUUAUUUUUAUAUGUGCAGGGACAUUGUGUUUCUUUUUUUUCUUUUUUUCUUUUUUUUAAUGUUUUGCACCAUUUUCUUGAUGGAAAGUCAUUUUAUACUCUGGGCACCAUAUUUUCAUCUGUGCACACAUUUUGUUGGAUAAAUUUUCUAAGAGUGUAAAAAAAUUGGUGGGGGAUUGACAAUGUAUUUAAAAAAAAAAAAAAAGAAAAUUAAAGAAACACUCUGGUUAAGUAAGAGCAGCGUUUGGUGUUUGUAUCAAAGUAUCAGUAAAAAAAUCACAAAAUCA